CACUGCACCACUGUCAUGCCCUCCAUGGGUAUGCAGAUGGCCGGCUGCGCCCUCGGCCUCUUGGGCUGGAUCGGCGUGCUGAUCGCGUGCGGCUCGCCCAUGUGGCGCGUAACCGCCUUCAUCGGCAGCACCAUCGUCACGUCGCAGGUCAUGUGGGAGGGUCUGUGGAUGAGCUGCGUGGUCCAGAGCACAGGCCAGAGUCAGUGCAAGGUCUACGAUUCCAUGCUGGCUCUGAGCCAGGACCUCCAGGCCGCCCGGGCCCUGGUGGUGGUCUCCAUCAUCAUCGGGCUCGCCGGUGUUCUGGUGGCCUUCGCCAGUGGCAAGUGUACCAGCUUCAUCCCUGACAAAAGGGCCAAAGCGAGGGCCUCAGUGGCCGGUGGAGUUCUUCUGAUCAUCAGCGGCUUCCUGUGCAUCAUCCCCGUGUCCUGGACCGCCAGUAUCAUCAUCAGGAACUUCUACAACCCGACGGUUGUGGACGCACAGAAGCGGGAGCUGGGGGCUUCUCUCUACAUCGGCUGGGGAGCCGGGGGUCUUCUGCUGCUGGGAGGGGCCCUCCUGUGCGCCAGCUGCCCCCCCAAGAGGGACGAGGCGGAUUCCGUGCACUACGUGGUGAACAGAUCCACGGGAGUGUUCAGCAAACCCAGCUCCAUGAGCUCCUACACGCCUACAAAAACGUACAUUUGAGACUAGUCAAGUACAUGCUGGGAAGGGAAAAAUGAAGGAAAAUGAAGAUGCUCGCUGUCUGGCGUGAUUUUUUUUUUAUAUAUUAUAUUGCAUAUAGAGAUGGGUGAAAAAGAAAGGGUGCAACAUUCUGAAACAAAUACUGUCUAAUUUCUCUCCUUUAGCAUUAACAAAUUCCUGUUCAGCAGUUUCCAGUCUUCAACACUGAUCUCUUUAUCAUUCUCAAUUUCCUGCAUGCUUUAAUUCUGAAAGUCAACAACAACAGUACAUAAUGGUUCUCUUGAAUGUACUUUUACGAUUAUCGCAGAAGGCAACUCUUAACAAGUGUGUACCUCCUUUUGCUUUGCCCCUUGAGAUGGACAUUUGAAAGGUUAUCAUUUUCGUCUUUCACUUUUGGGUGUCAGAAGGUGCUUGGACAGAUCUGAUAUUUUCUCACUCUGCCAAUGUGGGUGUUAGACAUUGAAUUGACAAAAGCAUUUUCUUUCUUUCUCUGCUCUCUGACUGGAUGCUGCAGAGAAACAGAAUGAUGCCAAUGUCUCAUUUUACUAUAUGACUUACUAUUCCUGUGUUGGAUGCUGACGAGACAGCUGUGACGUUUCUUAUUUUUCUCCUGUUACUUAACUCCUCUUUGUGUCGGCUAUUGGAUAAUCAGUCAAUAUUUUCUCAUUUAACUUCAGAUUAAGAUGGAUGGACAGUUGAAAGGUUUUCUCGUUUGAGCCGCGAGUUACAGUUGUUGCUGUUGGACGUUGAAUUGCGUUAGGACAUUUCCUUGCAUUACUCUGUGAGAACGGAGGAAAAAUACUUGAAAGAAGAUGCUUGCUGUCUUAAAAAAGAAAUUCUUAAAAAGACAACUCAAUAGACAACAGUCACUGCAUGUAUUCAUGAUUUCAUGAAAGUUUAUGAGUGUUUCUUGUCACAAUAAAUUUGCACUCCGUGUUCUUGUGGCUGCUGUUUGUUAAGUUCACCCACGGGAGAACCGGUUUGUCGGC